CACGAAUGUCCCAUAUAAAAACGGCCUUUCCGCGGAGAUACGGUUAGCCGGAUAUUGAUUCUCACCGAUGGCCAUGCUUCAAAAUGUGUCCCUUUGCCGCCUUCGCUGGGAGGUGAGACUGGCUUGAGAUUUAAGACUCGGUUACGCAGCAGAGAUUCUGAGUGACCUUACUCAGAUUCUGGGGUAAGGCUUGGCUCCAGACGGGAUAUACUUCGUAACGUCAGCUGUCGCCGCUGCCCCGGUUGGUUCUGGCAAGACUGGGAUAUUGAAUAUCGACCACGCUCAGGCAGGCGCGUUUCUCUCUUGGUCCACUAGACUGCUCUGAAUGUGCAGGGUAUUCGGUCGGCAGUUUUUAAUACUCUUUUCCUCAAAACAUUGAUCCUCAUUGUAAGGUGUUGGACCAGCAAGGGAGGUGCCCUGACGGCGCGGGUGAUAUCAAUAAGUGGAAUCCGUGGGAACUAAGGUUUAUCAGCACUAUCCACAAGGCCAAAAGAACUAUACGCAUCUCAGACAACCGGGACGCAGUGCAAUAUGACGGGAAACCUGAACCGGGACCGCGACGCGGCGCGCGAGCAUUCUUCACAGCACUCACGUAUUGACUUUGCCCGCUGGCAUCUGGACAUCGACGCUGUUCUCAACCGAUUUAUUCCGCCUCCGCCGUGGCACUUGCUGCCUCGUCCUGUCUCGCAUUUUCUUGGGUAUAGAGGAAACAAACCACAGAAGGCGCUGGGGAACCUGGUCAUCGCGUUCUGGUCUUUGAUUGGGGUCUUCUGCGGCGUGCUUCUCAUUUCCGAGGUUUCACUGCGUGUACCCGCAUUCCAAAACCACCAUGCGCCGAUCAUCGUCGGUAGUUUUGGUGCCGCAGCCGUGCUCGAAUUCAGCGCAAUUGAGUCACCCUUUGCGCAACCUCGGAACGCGCUUUUCAGUCAGGUGAUCGCCAGCGUAAUUGGCAUUGGAAUCUCCAAGCUCUUCGCUCUGAACCCCAGUGCACAAUCCAAGCCUGAAAUUGCCGGGUCACUCGCCUGCGCCAUCACCACAAUGGCAAUGGUCCUUACAAACACUGUCCAUCCGCCCGCAGGCGCAACGGCUCUACUUGCUGCUACAGAACUCCAUCCGGUCGGCUGGUGGCUGAUCCCAGUGAUGUUGCUGGGAUGCUCACUCAUGUUGACGGCGGCCAUGCUGCUCAAUAACAUUCAGCGCCGGUUUCCCGUAUACUGGUGGACGCCUCAUCCUUUGAGCAAAGAAGCCAAGGCGAAAAAACAGUUGCAGGAUAUCGAGAACGCGCCGAAAAUCAAGCAGGAGAGUGAGUCGAGCUCCUCGUCUGAUUUUGAGUUCUCGGAGCCGAUGCAGGUUGUUAUUCGUCCUGGGAAGGUUGAGUGGUCGGAUAACUUGUGGUUGGACGCAGAUGAGAAGGAGGUCUUGGAGAGGAUCAGUGAGCGCAUGAAGCAUGGUUGAGUGUCAAACCAUCUAUCUCUGUAAAUACCUGGAUACUUUGUACAUAUUAUACUAUAAUUUUAC